AUUUGACAUUAUAAACACGGUGAAGUGUAAGGUUAGGUUAGGUUUGAGUUUUGGAGUUUUGCUUGCAGUUUGCUUAUUUGUUUAGUUGACCAACAAAGUCCGGUAUGUCUUCGGAUUCUGCAUCCGAUAAUGAAUCAAAUAGAAGUUUAAGUCCUGUGAGAGGCCCGGCCCCAACGCCUGGUCAUGGUUUAGAGAGAUCAGCCUCAAAUUCUCCAGCAUUUGGAAAAUCCAAUGACAUACGAUCAAGUAGAUCUCGAUCAGGAACUCCUGGGUCUCACCCUAGUGGCUCCCCAAAAUCACAAAGAUCGGGUUCUGGAGACUCCCACAGAUCAGGUUCGCAAGCAUCUAGAAGGUCAGGUUCACAAGCUUCCAAUAGAUCUGGAUCACAGGCAUCUAAUAGAUCCGGUUCUCAAGCAUCUCACAGAUCAGGAUCACAGGUAUCGCAAAGAUCAGGAUCACAAGUUUCCCAUACCUCAAAACGCUCAGGAUCCCAUGUUUCUAGAAGAUCAGGUUCUCCUGGCUCUAGAAGAUCAGCUUCACAAGCAUCCAAUAGGGAAGGAUCAGCUGUCUCUAACAGAAAUGAAUCACCUGCAUCAAAUAGGGCUGGAUCGGCUGUUUCUCAUAGAUCCGGAUCAGCUGGCUCAAACAAAUCAGUAGCUUCCAAUAGAUCAGGUUCGGCCCAUUCAAAGAGAUCAGGUUCGGCCCAUUCAAAAAGAUCAGAUUCGGCCCAUUCAAAAAGAUCAGGUUCGGCCCAUUCAAAAAGAUCAGGUUCAGCCCAUUCAAAAAGAUCAGGUUCUAGUGGUUCUAAGAGGUCUGGUUCAGCAUCUCCUACUUCUAAGAGAUCAGGAUCUGUAGCUUCAAAUAAAUCUGAAGGUUUAGCUUCUAAAAAAUCUAGAUCAAGAUCAGGCUCCCCUGCUUCAAGAAGGUCUGGUUCUGCCGCUUCAAAUAAAUCUGGAUCUCAUGUUUCAAGAUCACGUUCAGGUUCAGCAGCUUCUAAAAGAUCCAGAUCAGGUUCUGUCGGCUCUAAGAGGUCAAGAUCUGGUUCAGCAGCAUCUAAAAGAUCUAGAUCAGGCUCUGCUGCUUCUAAGAGAUCAAGGUCUGGUUCAGCAGCAUCCAAAAGGUCUAGAUCUGGGUCUGCCGUUUCUAAAAGAUCAAGAUCUGGCUCAGCAGUAUCUAAAAGAUCUAGGUCUGGUUCUGCAGGAUCGAAAAUGUCUGAAUCUAUUUCUAGAAGAUCACGAUCGGGAUCAGCAGCAUCCAAAAAGAGCCAUAAAUCAAGAUCUAGGUCAGGUUCUGCAGGAUCGAAAAAAUCCGAUGCCAUUUCUAGAAGAUCAAGAUCGGGAUCAGCAGCAUCUAAAAAGAGCCAUAAAUCAAGAUCUAGAUCAGGUUCUGCAGGAUCAAAAAAAUCCGAUGCCAUUUCUAGAAGAUCAAGAUCGGGAUCAGCAGCAUCUAAAAAGAGCCACAAAUCAAGAUCUAGAUCAGGUUCUGCAGGAUCAAAAAAAUCUGAUAAAUCAAGAUCUAGAUCCAGAUCAAAAUCAAAAGUUCGAAGUGGCUCAAAUAGUCCAAACUUAUUAAUUGAUGAAGGUGAGGGUGGUGAAAAACGCGAGAGAGAUAGUUCAGAAGAGAGAGUAGUAACUAAAAAACGGAAAGCGGUUGUUUCAGACAGCGAAGAUGAGGGAGGUGGCAAGGGCGAAACAGAAAAAGUUGAUGCUGCCGACAUUUUUGGUGAUGCCGAUGAUAUCAGUCUUAGUAGUGAGGAUGAAAAGAGAGAUGAAAGAAUGGAUUCAGAUAGGGAAGAUGACAGAGAUGGAAGGAGAUCUAGAUCUGAUGAUGGAAGAAGAUCCAGAUCAGGAGAUGAAGCGGAUCAAAGACCAACUAUUGCUGAUGACGAAGAUAAGGAAAAUGAGCCUGAACCAAUACCAGAGACUAGAAUUGAUGUCGAAGUUCCAAAAAUAACCUGUGAUUUAGGUAGAGAUAUACAUUUUGUUAAACUGCCUAACUUUUUAUCUGUAGAAACACGUCCUUUUGAUCCUGAAACCUAUGAAGAUGAAAUUGAUGAAGAAGAAACGUUGGAUGAAGAAGGUAGAGCUAGGUUGAAACUAAAAGUAGAAAAUACCAUUAGAUGGAAAGAAUCAAUGGACGAUGAAGGAAAUAUGAAAAAAGAAUCAAAUGCUAGAAUAGUAAGAUGGUCUGAUGGGUCUUACAGUCUACAUUUAGGCUCUGAAAUCUUUGACGUAUAUAAACAACCAUUACAGGGAGACCACAACCACUUGUUUAUUCGUCAAGGUACAGGUUUACAAGGUCAAGCAGUAUUCCGAACAAAGUUGAGCUUUAGGCCGCACUCAACUGAAAGUUUCACUCACAGAAAGAUGACUCUUUCUUUGGCUGACAGAUCUACCAAAACAAGUGGUAUUAAAAUCAUGUCGCAAGUUGGUGUGGAUCCUGAUUUAGACAAAGCAACAAGAAUAAAGAAAGAAGAAGAAAAACUUAGGCAAUCGGCAUCCAAACCAAAAACUACUAGAAAGAAGUCCGACAAAGCCUCUAGGGCACUUGAAAAUACUUUUGUUAGGGAGGAAGAAGGUAGUGAUGACGACGGAGCAAUUUCUCUUGCUGCAAUUAAAAGUAAAUAUAAAGGCGGAAGUACUGCACCAAAAGGUGGGGCUAUUUAUUCAUCAGAUGAAGACGGAUCAGAUUUUGAAAACAGUAGAACUAAGAAAAAGGGUACAUCGGGCAAAGCUCUCAAAGACUCUGACGAAGAAGACAAUGAUGAUAACGAUAAUGAAGAAGAUGAAGAGCACGAUAGUGGAAGUGACGAUGAAUAGAAAUUUAUUUAGUUUUUGUGUAUGUAUUAUGUUCAUUAUGGUAUAAUAUACCUAAUAUAAUUUUAAUAAAAUA